CAUAAAACAAUUUGCAUAUAAACGAUCAAAGAACAUCUGUCAAACUGACUUCCGAUUCUCUCUCUUCUUUUUUACCAAAUUACGUUUCUUACGGCUUAACCUCUUUCUUGGGAGGAAUCUCAACCAAAAAGGCGCAGAGUUCACAGAAUGCUACAGCUGUGGCUGUGCCUAGCCCUGCUUGUAGCUGUGGUAGGAGUGAACGGUAGGUCCUGGGACGAACCACAGGAAGCACAUCCCGAGUGCGGUUUGCAAUUCAACUAUAAGCACCAAAGAUCACCUCCAUGGAAACGGAUAGUCGGUGGUAUUGAGAGCGAGGCUGACGCAUGGCCUUGGCAAGUAGCACUGCUGAUCAACGGUACCCAGAUGUGCGGCGGCUCACUUAUAUCAAGGGAGUGGGUAGUUUCUGCAGCCCACUGUUUUCAAGGUAAUGGACUGAGCGAGAAUCCUGGCGAUUGGGAAGUAACACUCGGCGAGCAUCACUUGGAGAAUGUUGAUUGGUUCGAGCAGUCUCGGCGCGUGCGCAGUAUUCACCUCCAUCCUCGCUACCAAGAGGCGACAAUCACAGUGGAAGGUCACAAAGCGAGGCAUGUCCCCCCGGAUUAUGAUGUUGCUCUUCUUAGGCUUGCAACUCCCGCCAAGUUCACCAACUACGUCUACCCGAUCUGCCUGUUACCACAGGGUGCCCGAUUCCGCCCGGGAAAGUACUGCUACGUCACAGGCUGGGGCGUGCUACAAUGGAAAGGCACCAAACCCGCCAUCCUGAGAGAGGCCCAGGUCCAAUUAGUCCCUCAGGAUAAAUGCAACAGCCCACAGUCCUAUAACGGGGAGGUCAGCGGACGUGCUCUUUGCGCAGGAUUCGAGCGAGGUGGUGUUGACGCAUGCCAGUAUGAUAGUGGUGGACCGCUGGCGUGCGAAGAGCGCGGGCGCUGGUACCUAACUGGUGUGGUGUCGUAUGGGCAUGAGUGCGGGAACCCACACAAGUAUGGCCUAUACGCGGAUAUGGCUACUCUAAACACGUGGGUGGAGAACAUCAUUCAAGAGCAUCUCGACGACGAAUCUUAAACACGUGGUCGCGACCCAAAGCGGGCAAUCUCUAUUUGAAAGUUUAUAUCUUGUGAAAAGAUUAAAAGAUUCUAGAGAGAUGCAUCUAGUUUAACUGGUAAAGGUCAGAAGAAGCUCCUGCAUGAGAUGUCUGCUAGUAUGUCCAAAAUAUCGUGAGUGUAUAAGAAAAAAAAAGCGAAAUUAUAAGAGAAAAGAUAAAAAGGAGGAAAAUCA